AUGGAAACAGUUAGGUAUAUCAUUGAGGAUUUAAAUGAUGAUUACUUUUUCAUAUUAGUUGAUGAAUCUUGUGAUGUGUCAUGUAAGGAGCAAAUGGCUAUUGUUUUGAGGUAUGUUGAUAGAAGGGGGAGUAUAAUGGAGCGGUUUAUUGGUAUUGUUCAUGUUCGUGAUACUAGUGCUUUGUCCCUAGGAAAUGAAAUUGUUGGUUUACUUGCUCAACAUUAUUUAAGCCCAUCUUAUAUACGUGGACAAUGUUAUGAUGAAGCAAGCAAUAUGCAAAGAGAUUUAAAUGGGCUUAAAAUCUUGAUACAAAAAGAAAGUAAAGGUGCUCAUUCUAUUAAUUGUUUUGCUCAUCAACUCCGAUUAACUUUUGUUGCGAUUUCUAGAAGAUGUGAUGAAGUGCAGGAAUUUUUGUCGUUGGUUUCUGAUCUAUUAAAUAUGGUUGGAGCUUCUUUCAAGCGUAGAGAUGAACUUCGUGAAUCUCAAGCAAAAAUAAUUGAAGAGGCAUUACGUAAAGGCGAGCUUGAAACUGGUAGGGGCUUGAAUAAAAAAUUAGGUCUUGCUAGAGCCGAAGAGUGUAGGGCAAAGGGAUAUCAUAAAGCAUGUUUAACAUUUGAGGUUGUCUUCAUGUUGCACUUUAUGCACACUGUUUUAGAAAUCACAAAUGAGCUUAAUGCAGCUUUUCAAAAGAAAGAGCAAGACAUUGCAAAUGCCAUGCUAUUUGUUAGAGUGGCAAAGGAGCGACAACAAAAACUAAGAGAAGAAGGUUGGGAUUCACUUAUUGACGAGCUUGAGAAUUAUAUUGUUGACGUCCCUGAUCAUGAUAAAAGGUUUUCCGAUCUUAAGGGACUUUGUGAUUUUUCCAAGACACUAGUAGAGACAAAGAAGCAUGGAACUUAUCCUCUCGUGUUCCGACUAGUGAAAUUUUCUUUACUUCUGCCAAUUGCUACGGCUAUAGUUGAAAGAGCUUUCUCUGCAAUGAAGUUAAUUAAGACUGACUUACGAAAUCGAAUGGAUGAUGAGCUUUUCAUUGGUUGUUUGGUGCCUUAUAUAGAAAAAGAAGUAUUUAGCAAUAUUUCUAAUGAGGCUAUUAUGGAUACCUUUCAAAAGAUGAAGGAGAAUUGUAAUAAUACACUUGGAAUGAGUUUUAUUAAUAUGACUCCAAUUGUCUUUUUAUAA